AAUGUAAUUCUAUGGUCCAUGCAGGUUCAGUGCUAUAACACAGAAGAGGACCAAUGGCAGUAUGUGUCAUCCUGUCCCUUCUCUCAGAGAUGCAUCAAUGCCACCGCACACAAUAACACCAUCUAUGUGGUGGGAGGCCUCCUGGACCAGAUUUACAGCUACACACCAAAGACCGAUAACUGGAGCAAAGUGGUGGACUUGCCAAUGAAACUGGAGAGCUGUGGCCUGACUGUGUGUGAGGGGAAGGUCUACAUUGUCGGGGGGAGAGAUAGUUGUGCCUCGGCCACCGACCAGGUUUGGGCCUACAGUCCUGAGAGCGGCAAGCUGACAGACGAGAAGCCCAUGUCACGCAGUGUCAGCUACCACGGUUGUGUCACUGUCACCCAGUGGCCACCAAAGAAGACCCACUGAGGUGUAGGUGGAAGUUGCCACUAGACGCUGAUCAUGGGUCAGUUAUACUAAUUGUUAAAGUUCGUUUUGGGGGAGGAGAAAUUGAUCCUAGCUCUGUACCUAGGGGUACCCAGAACCUGGGCUGCUGCCUGAUGAUUGGCAGUUGACUGAAUCAUGUUCCCAUAGCCUGCUACUAUUGGAUGAAAGUACUUACAACUCCCUCCCCCAUCUAUAGACCACAGGAAUGAUAAGAGGCGACAAGAGACGCCUCAGAGCUCACGUUUUGAGGUUGUUGCUUCAACGCCUUGUCAGUUGUGUAUUUAUGUAAUAUGUUGUUAGAUGCCAUUUCAUUGAGGAAGAGGCCCAGAACAUACACUACCGUUCAAAUGUUUAAAAAUGCACAUUUUUCAUCCAUUAAAAUAACAUCAAAUUGAUCAGAAAUGCAUUGUAGACAUUGUUAAUGUUGUAAAUGACUAUU